UAGUCUACAAUCACCAACAAUAACAAACUAAAUAUAUGAAACCUUGCGUUCCGCUCUCAGGAGUUUCUGUUGCCAUAGCAAGAACACUGACCGAAAGUAUCGAGUGUUCAUCUGCAGGACGUUGUUCCGUGUUGUUUCGAGCGAAAUCAUGAUGGACAAGAGACGAAAACCAUACACUAUUGUACAGUUUGCAGGUUUCUUUGUAGUGCUUUUUAGCAUUACCAGUGGUAACGAUGCAGCUGGACUUAUAGAUAAAGGUUGUUCUAGCGAGUUUAGCAGACUCGAUGUUCGAAUCGACGGRCAAGCGAUCGUUUGUGGAAAUGUUUAUUCGUUGGAAAAAGUUGGCGGUUCGCACAUUCCCGAAAUCCAAUUCUCUUCGGCUUCGAAUACCAAAAAGUACACUGUGGUUAUGAUAGACCCAGAUGCCCCUUCAAAUUCUCGKCCAACUCAAAGAAGCUGGCUACACUACUUGGCAGUCAAUAUUGAGGGAAGUGAUAUCCAGAAUUUUGUCAGCCUGUCUGAUUCAUUAUCCUCAACC